AUGAAAUCCACAUUGCACGACCUUUCUCGUAUCUGCAUUAUUGUAAAUGUAGACGUAUAUUCCAAGAUUAAAGGCCAUGUUUCAGAGGAAUCAAGAGAUUUAGCACGAGCUAAGAAUCAGAAAAAACAAACCGACUUAGCCAAGAAGAAAAGUAGCACAGAUAAAAAGGGAAUGACAUUCGAGCAACGCAAACACAGGGAUGCUGAGCUGAUGCGUGAAAAACAAAGAAAAAACGAGCAAGAAGAUGCCGCAGCCUCUGGUAACAGUUAAUUCAACAAAACACAAAUGUUUUCGAGAAGAAUGCCUGUGAAAAAAA